AUGUCUACAACUCAAGGUGCCAGUUACAGCGAGCAAUUAUUAGAAGCCGCUAGAAGAAAUAAUAUCGAUCUAUUGAAUAACAUUGUUACCGGUUUAAACAAUGAUCCAACCAAGAUCGCUCAUUUAUUAAAUGAAUCCAAAGAUGCCUUUGGUAACACUGCUUUACAUUUAUGUGCCAAGCACGGCUCUUGGGAUGUCUUGGAUAAACUAUUAGAUCAAGAAGGUGACAUUGAAGUAGAUCCACAAAAUAUUACCGAUGGUGAUACUCCAUUACAUUGUGCUGUUAGAUUAGCUCAAGAUGAACCUGAAGAAGGUACUUUCAUUGCUAAAAAUUUGAUUGCUGUUGGUGCUGAUCCAAGAAUCAGAAAUAAGCAAAACCAAAAGCCUGUAGAUCUAAUUCACGGUAACAGUUUAACAGCUUUGGUAGAUACUUUACAAGGUGCUGAAUUGGCUGUUGCAACUGGUGCUCAUGGUGUUGCAGCAGAUGACGAUGAAGAUGGAGAAAUUGUUGAAGAAGAUGAUGAUUAA